AUGGGAUCAUCGGAAUAUCUCCAUUUGGGCUCCAAUCUGGAUCCCAAUUUGGAUCCCAAUUAUGAUCCCAAUUUGGAUUCGAAUUUGAAUCCCAGUUUGGAUCCGAAUUUGGAUCCCAGUUUUGAUCCCAAUUUGGAAUCCAAUUUGGAACGCAAUUCGGAUCCCAAUUUGGAUCCCAUUUUAAGUCUCAAUUUAGAUCUCCGUGUGGAUCCCAAUUUAGUUACCAUUUUUAUCCCAAUAUGGGAUCCCAAUUCGGAUCCCAAUUCGGAUUCCAAGUUUGAUCCCCAUUUGGAUCCCAAUUUGGAUCAAAAUUUGGACCCUAUUUUAGAUACCAAUUUAGAUCCCCUUUUGGAUCCCAAUUUAGAUCCCGUUUUCGAUCCCAAUUUGGAUCCCAAUUUGGAUCGCAAUUUGGAUCCGAAUUUGGUACCCAUUUAG